CGCCGCCGCAAAAUUCUCAACUGACCUCCGCAAUCUAAUCUAUUAUGUAAACAGAAUCCAAUUUAACGUCCAAUUCUCCCCUCCCUUCUAUAAAAUACGCCGACCCUUUCCCAUCCAACCUCCAAACCCUAGAUCGCCGCAGAGCUUCGCAGUUUCUCUCCCCAGAGCCGUUUUCUCUUCGAUUCAACGAUGUCCAAUACCACCGCAACCGUCGAAAGGAAGUUCAAUGAUCUUUUUAUCAGCAAAUCGCCUGCCCCUGCAGGAAGGCACCCCGUGCCACGGCCUGCUCAGCCGAAUGGAUAUAAUCCGAAGGAAGAUGAUGAUUCAGAGGAGAUCAAAAGGUCUUGGAUGGUGAAGAGGAAGAAGGAUUUUCAGAAGAUGAAGAAGGUUCACGGUCGGCUGGUCAAUAUUCUCGAGGGGCUCGAGCUCCACGCCGGAGUUUUCAGCGCCGCCGAGCAGAAACAGAUCGUGGAUUGCAUCUAUGCCUUCCAGAAGAAAGGCCGGAACGGUGAGCUCAGAGAGCGAACGUAUUCGGAGCCGAGGAAAUGGAUGCGCGGUAAAGGGAGGAUUACAAUUCAGUUCGGUUGCUGCUACAAUUAUGCAGUGGACAAGCAUGGUAACCCUCCAGGCAUAAUUCGCGACGAACAAGUCGAUCCCAUUCCCCCUUUGCUGAAAUUUAUGAUCAAAAGAAUGGUAGCAUGGCGAGUCCUUCCCGCCACAUGCAUUCCCAACAGCUGCAUUGUGAACAUUUAUGACAAAGAUGAUUGCAUUCCUCCGCAUAUCGAUCACCAUGAUUUCUUGCGGCCCUUCUGCACGGUUUCCUUUCUCUCGGAGUGCAAUAUUCUGUUUGGGACAGAGCUGAAGGUGCUCGGCCCAGGAGAAUUUUCCGGCUCCACUGCCAUACCUCUGCCUGUUGGCUCUGUGCUUAUUCUGAACGGAAAUGGAGCUGAUAUCGCUAAGCACUGUGUGCCCGCUGUGCCUUCUAGAAGGAUCUCCAUUACAUUCAGGAAGAUGGACGACAGCAAACUCCCCUUCAAGUAUUCACUGGAUCCUGAUCUGCUGAAUCUCCGUGCACUACCGACACCAGCUGAGUCUGCGCGAAUGCAGCAAACGAGAAGUCAGAGUUCGUCUUCGGUUCGAGUCGCCCCAGUGCAGCAAAUCAAUGGCGAAAGUGCAUCGCCUGUCCCAGCUCCUGCUUCCCCAAUUCAGCAAAACAGGGGUGGAAAUUCAACACCCGUUCCUGCUGCACGAUUUCAGUCGGUUCAUAGACAGCAAGCGAAGUCGGAAGAAGUAAAGCCGAAAAGGAAUAGCCCCAACCAGUUCAAUCUGGAUGACUUCCCUCCUCUUGGCUUUGGUUCGGCUGGCCACUCGAAGAAAACGACCCGUUCACUUAGACAGUGAAAGUGAAUAACAUCUGUUUGAGCAACAUUGUCAUGGAUGUAUAAGAGGAACUCAAGUCCUGUUCAACAAUGAACAAUUUUCUUUUUGGAUUUGACUGAGCUUCAAAGCUCCUCUUUUCUUGUGUUAUGUAUUUGUAGAUUUGUCUGAUUGAUUGGAUAAAGUUUUUGCAUUGUAUAAGCUAUACAAAAAUAUUGACAAUAACACUAUGCAUCUUGCUAUU